AAAUAAUUUAAUUUGAUGACAGAUAAAAGAAUUGACAAAUAUAUUUUUAAUGUAAAAGAUAGAAUUGGAUAAGGAUCUUAUGCUGAGGUCUAUAAAGGAACUAAUGAAAAAACUGGAGAAAAGGUAGCUAUCAAAAUGUUGAGUAAAUCAGUAAUAAAUUCGUAAUUAUUUAUUAUUCACAUUUAAUUAGAGAUGAUUAUUUAAGAGAAGGACUCAUUUAGGAAAUUAAAAUUAUGCAAAAAUUAAAGAGUCCAAAUAUUGUGUCUUUGUUAGAUGUUAUGGAAACUAACAAUAACUAUUAUAUUGUUUAAGAGUAUUGUGAUGGAGGUGAUUUUGAUGAGUAAAUAUAUAUAAAUUAAAUACAUAGAUACUUAAAAAAAAGAAAAUUACUUUCAGAAAAAGAAGCAAUUAAGUUUUUAAUUGAUGUACUUAAUGGUUUUACAUAACUUAUAAAAAAUGGUAUUAUACAUAGAGAUCUUAAACCUGCAAAUAUUUUGAUAGACAAACAAGUAAUUUAUUUAAUAUAAUGAAGACCUAUAAAUUAGCAGACUUUGGAUUUGCUAAAUGUGUAGAUAAUUUUAAGAAAACUAUGAUGGCUUCAAUGGUUGGAACUCCACUUUAUAUGAGUCCUUAAAUUUUGGAUCACAAAAGAUAUAACUCUAAAACUGAUGUUUGGAGUAUAGGAUUCAUAUUUUAUGAAGCCUUAUUUGGAAAAAGUAAGAAUCAUCACAAUACAUAAAAGCACCUUGGAUUGCCAGAUCUCCUGCAGAACUCUUAAAAAAUAUUAAAACUCAGCCUCUAAAAUUCCUUACUGAUAAAAAUUAAGUUUCUUAAGAGACCCAGGAUUUAAUUAUUGGAUGUUUAUAAGCAGAUGAAAAUAAGAGAUUAUCUUGGGAAGAAAUAUAUAAGCAUCCAGCUGUUUCCUAAUACUUUACUGUAUUGAUUUUUAAAUCAUAUCUAAGGAUUUCAUCAAGGGCAAUAGCAAAUUAGAAGAUAGAGCAUAAUAUUUAAUUAAUGAUAUUAGAUAGAUGAUUUGCAAAGAAAAAAUAGAUAUUCAUAAACUCUUUGCUGAUUUAGAUAUGUCAAAAGAUAAGGCUCUAGAUGUUAAUGAAUUAGGAAAGUUCUUAAUGAAAGUAGAUAAGGAUAUUACAAGAGAAGAAAUUGAAUAUAUAUUUAAUAAAUUCGAUGAUGAUGGCAACAAUUAAAUUGAAUUUGAAGAAUUUAAAAAAUGGCUUGAAGACAAUCAGGUAUACUUAAUAAGUAUUUCUUAGAUUAUUACAAAUGGAAAUGCUCAAUAAUAAUAAAGAAAUGGUGGAUCUCAUAAAAAAUUAUCUAUUUUGUAACACUAAUUAAAAACUUCAGGUUCUAUUGAAGAAAGAGCUAAUUAUGUUAUUGAAAAAUUAAAAUUGUCAAUUUCAAAAUACAAAAUCAACUUAUUAGAUUUAUUUAAAAAAGUAUCAACUUAUAAUUUAUAUUAGUUCGAUAAAUCUGCUGAUCAGAGAUUAGAUAAAAAUGAAAUGGGAUUGUUGUUAAAAAGAAUUGAACCUAAUAUUAAUUAAGAAGAAAUAGUUGCUUGUUUUGACUUUUUUGAUGAAAAUGGUGAUGGAGAAAUUACUUUCUAAGAAUUUUAGACAAGUCUCAGUGAAGAAGUUGGGAAAAAAAAACAAAGUUUAGAUAAUCACUGA